AUGGAUUCAGAAGCUGUAUUAGCGCCAGGCGAUGAACCUUAUCCGCCAGCAGUACAUAGAAAGUUUUCUCCAGACGGAAGCGCCUUGCGUUAUGCUGGAAACACAACUGUUUGUCAUAUCCCAGCUGAAUCGCCUCUGCUUGUCGGCCUAUGGGAUGUAUACAACACAAUCACCUCUCAUCCUACUCUUUCGCAAAACUUUCGUCUUCUCCCACCUGAUUCGUGGCACAUGACGGUAUUUGACGGCGUCCGUGAGGAAGAGUGCGAGCCGGGUAUGUGGCCAGACGGCUUGGAGAAGUUACCACUGGAUGAGUGCACGAUGAACUUUUCUAGAACUGUGAGUAGUCUAGGCCUCACGUUGGAAGAGGAGGGUCUGGCGCCACCCUAUAGAAUGCGUGCUAUUGGUUUUCAGAUUGGUCAAUUUGGUAUGGCGCUGGAUAUUGUGGGGGCGACGGAUGAAGAGGAAAGGCGCAUGAGAAGGUUGCGAGACAGGCUCGCCGACUCCUUCGGGUUCCGCGCGCCUAAUCAUUUAACAUACCGAUUUCACGUCAGUAUAGCGUAUCUUAUCCGGUGGAUGGGAGACGAGGAGAAGCGUGAGUUUGACAAGGCUAUUGCGCGCUUGUUGCCUAACAUUACGAUGGAAUUUGAGCUCGGGGCUGUUGAAUUUUGCAUAUUUGAUACUAUGCUUGCAUACCCUAGGAUGUUUUACUUAGGAUAA